AUGACAACAGAUAAAAAGCUUUCAGUUGCAUUCGUUUGCCUCGGAAAUAUCUGUAGAUCGCCCAUGGCAGAAGCUGUAUUCAAACAUACUGUUAAGGAGAACAAUUUGGAAAGUCGAUUUGAAAAGAUUGACUCGUUUGGCACUGCUGGUUACCACGUAGGAGAAUCUCCAGACUCUAGAUCUUCUUCUACAUGCAGGUCUCAUGGCGUGCCUGUUAAUCACAGGGCUCAACAGAUCAGAGCGCACCAUUUCAAUGAGUUUGACUACAUCAUUUGCAUGGAUGAGUCCAACUACAAGAGUCUAGAGAGGAUAAAACCCAAGGGUUCCAGAGCACAGAUAUUUUUGUUUGGCAAUUGGAACACUGACUCAAAGUUCAAGAAGAUCGUGGAUGAUCCAUACUAUGGGGGUAAAGAAGGAUUUGAAUAUAACUUUCAACAAGUAACUUAUUUCAGUAAUGAGUUUUUGAAACAGGAAUUGGUUUAA